CCUAACUUUUCUCUCCUACAACAAAUCCACAGAUCAAAAAUCGCAAGAAUAGGAUCUCGGAGAAAAAACUAUCGCGAAUUGGCACUACUAAUCUGAUCCAUCAUGAGGUUGUUAUCAACCAUCCUCUCUCUCGCCCUGGCGGCGGAUGCCGUCGUUGCCAGCGGCUGGUUCAGCAAAGCAGCUUACAACAAGUGGCAUGAGACCGAACUUGAGCGAUGGCUCUCCGAUCAUGACAUUCCCUACCCUACCCCCGCUGACCGCAGAGACCUCGAGGACCUCAUCCAGAAGAACUGGGAUUCUUAUGCCGUUUCUCCCUACAAGAACUGGGAUACCGACAAGCUCACAUCUUACCUCUCAUCGAAAGGUGUAGAGACAAAGGACUCUGCCAAGUCAAGCAAGGAUGCACUCGUUUCCCAGGUAGCCAACGCUUGGUACGAGACGGAAGACAAGGCUCAAACCGCCUGGACCGGCGUACAGGAUUGGAUCUUGGACACUUGGACUGACAGUGCCCUGAAGGCCUUUGCUGACAAGCACGACAUCCCAGUCCCCCAGCCUCGAACUCGCGAUACCCUUCUCCAGAAGAUCCGUUCCAACUACGAGACAGUGGCGAAGAAGGCAGGAGAGACUGCUUCGUACCCUGGAGAUUGGCUCUAUGACACUUGGUCCGAGUCUGACCUGAAAGAGUGGUUGGACACUCACGGAUUCCCUGCUCCCCAAGUUACUGAGCGUAACCGACUGAUCUCCUUGGUUCGACGCAACUCACGCCUUGCCUACCUGAAGAUGCAAGACCAGCAGGCUUCUGCUUCCGCCAGUGCAAGUGCCGCUUAUGCCGCCCUCACUGACAAGAUCAUUGAUGCUUGGGGCGAGUCUCAACUGAAGGAGUUCUGUGACAAGAACGGAAUUAAUGUUCCUCAGGGCAGCAAGGUCAACGAGCUACGUGCUCUUGUACGUAAAAACCGUGCGCAGAUCCUCGGUGACAAUCUAUCUGCGUCGGCUACGAAUGCUUUCGGUGCUGCUACGAGCAAGGCUGGUAACCAGUGGGCUAAAGCUACUGAUGAUGCAACACUUGCUGCCCAAGACGCGUUCAACACUGUAGUUGAUGCUUGGUCUGCAAGUCGGCUUAAGGCUUACCUUGACGCUCGCGGAGUUCCGGUUCCUCAGGGAUCUAAGGUUGAUGAGCUGCGUGCUUUGGUACGACGAAAUUCUCACAAGGCCGCUCACCCUUACACCGCCUGGACUUGGGAUGACCUAUCAUACGAGCACCUCAAGAACUACCUCGUUAACAGUGGCAACGAUGCGGCCAAGAAAGUCGGCGAGAGUAGCUCUGCUACCCGUGAUGAUCUUGUCGAGGCUGCUCAGUCUGCUUAUUCUUCUGCGUCUAGCGCCGGUGGCGGUUCGUACGCUUCUGCCACAAGCUAUCUUUCUCAGGCCACAGAUGCUGCGAAGAAUUCCGCGUUCGACACGUGGAGCGAAAGCGAAUUGAAGGCGUACUUGGACAGCUACGGCGUCCCUGUUCCUCAAGGUUCCACCAUCAAUGAACUUCGAGCCAAAGCACGUCAGCAAGCUACUUACUUCAAGUACGGCACCACAAACCCCGCCAGCACUGCCUUCGCCAAGAUUGGUGAGAACGUUAAGGGCGUAUACCAAUGGGUCUUGGAUCAGAUUCAAUCUGGAUCAGAGGCCGUGAAGCAGAAGGCAGGCGAUGCCAAGGAGGAAUUGUAGACUCAGUCUACUAUUUUUACCAACUUGGCAUGGGAGUUAACCCUGGGCACUUGAGGCGUACGAGAGGGAACAACAUAAUUGGAAGGUUACGAUUAUGAAGAGAGUCUUCGAUACCUGAGUCGGAGCUGAAAAGCAACGAGCAAAAAAAG